AUGAACCUUCCCUCCAACGACAGCCCUUCAAAGCAAGAGAAUAAACUCUUUAGAGAGUAUCGAUGUGGAUCUCCGGUCACGAAGUCUCCGGCGACGCUCCGAAAACCUCCGGCGCUGCAGCGUAAGUGUUAUACACUGGGAUGCUUGGGCAUAUCAUCUUCCACUCUUGAGAGCACGCAUCUGCGCCCGUCGAAAAUCAAACGGCAGGUUGCUGAUCUUCAAAGGCAACUCAAUCAAGAGAGAGAGCAGAAGGAGAUGAUAAAAGCUAAGCUGGAAAUGAUGCAUGACUACCUCAAGUACUGCUUGCAGAUUGCACAAGAGAAAGGCUUCAUGGAUCUGAUUGUCAAUUUCGCCCGCCAAUCUCCUCUCUCCACUGAUUUCAUCUCCACGCUGCAGCCCACCAUGACCGUUGAUCAGCACCUUUCAUCCAUCACAAAUCAAGCUAAGAUGAACGGAUGGUUCAUUGAGCCACAUGAGAUCGAGUUACACGAAAAGGUGGGCCAGGGAUCAACGGCUGAUAUAUACCGAGCCACGUGGCGAGGCCUCGACGUAGCCGUGAAGUGCAUAUACCCGGAUCACUUCCAUUCAUCAGAGAACAGCUACAUGUGGUUUGCACAAGAGCUCGAGACCUUAUCGCGCCAGCGCCACCCUUUCGUCCUCCACCUGAUCGGUGCGUGUCUGGGCCCACCUGAAAAUGGGUGGGUCGUAACGGAGUUCCUGAGCGGACGGACGUUGAAGGAAUGGUUGCAUGGGCCAGGAAAAAGGAAAAAGGAACGGUCGAUACCGUUACCACCGUUGGAGGAUAGGAUAGAUAAAGGGCUGGAAAUAGCUAAGGCCAUGCAAUACUUGCAUGGACAAAUGCCCAAAGUUCUUCAUAGAGAUUUGAAGCCCAGUAAUAUAUUUCUCGACGAUGCCAUGCACGUAAGGGUGGCGGAUUUCGGUCAUGCUCGGUUCUUGCGUGAAGGAGAGAAAGCCCAUACCGGUGAAACAGGGACCUUUGUCUACAUGGCACCAGAGGUGAUCCGCGUCGAACCAUACGAUGAGAAGUGCGACGUCUACAGCUUCGGAAUCAUACUGAAUGAGCUGAUCACUGGCCAAUAUCCAUACGUAGAUACGGAUUAUGGGCCCUUUGAGAUUGCACGAGAAGUUGGGAAUGGGAGGCUCAGACCUACACUUCCUACGGACGACGAUGGACGGCUUGAAGAGCUCAUCUGUCUCAUCCGCCACUCCUGGGAUGCAAACCCUUCGAUCAGACCCUCCUUUGCCAUUGUCACCUGCGCUCUGAGAAAGAUAAAAGAGCAGUUAAACGAACCAAAGCUUUAG